CUCAGCAUCACCCACGAUAGAGCCCUCUGCGAUUUUCGUCACAACGGCAGGCGACCGCAACCAGAUUCAACCCCCCGCCGCUGCGCUCCCCGCCAAAGCAUCUCGAGCAGUCGAAUCUCCCGAUCCAGACUGCCCAGCAUGGCGCCUCCGCCGCACAGCAAGCCUGAGAAUACUCUCAAGCGUGCCCAAGAACUCAUCGGUGUCCAACAACCGCAGGCUGCCCUGCAAAUCCUUCACGAACAUGUCAUCUCCAAGCGGACUCGCAACAGCCCCAUCGCUUCCCUCGAGCCGGUGAUGAUCCUCUUUGUCGAACUUUGCGUCGACCUCCGCAAAGGAAAACUCGCCAAGGAUGGCCUCUACCAAUAUAAGAACACCGCACAGAACACCAACGUCGGCACCAUCGAGACCGUCUUCAAACGCUUCAUCGAACUCGCGGAGCAGAAAGUUACCGAAGCUCAGGCCAAGGCCGACGAGGUGCAAUCUACCCUGGAGACCACCACCGCCACUCAGAACAUUGAAGACCUCGAGGCCUCCGAGACCCCCGAAUCUAUUCUCCUAUCCACAGUCUCCGGCGAGCAGUCCCGUGACCGUACCGACCGCGCCAUCGUUACCCCCUGGUUGAAGUUCCUGUGGGAGGCAUACCGGACAGUUCUCGACAUCUUCAAGAACAAUGCUCGCCUGGAGACCAUGUACCAGACGACGGCCCACCAGGCGUUCCAGUUCUGCUCCAAGUAUGCGCGCAAGACCGAGUUUCGCCGUCUUUGCGAGCUUUUGCGGAACCAUCUCCAGAAUGCCGCCAAAUUCUCCUCUCAGAUGCACGCCAUCAACCUGUCCGACCCGGACACUCUGCAGAGGCAUUUGGAUACCCGGUUUCAGCAGCUCAAUGUCGCAGUCGAGCUCGAGCUCUGGCAGGAAGCGUUCAGGAGCGUUGAGGACAUUCACACCCUCCUCAGCCUCAGCAAGCGUCCCGCCAAGAACAUCAUGAUGGCAAACUACUUUGAGAAGCUCACCCGGAUUUUCUUGGUCAGCGAAAACUACCUGUUCCAUGCUGCGGCUUGGAGCAGGUACUACAAUCUCCUUCGCCAAUCCGCCGCCGCUGUCGCGUCCGGACUUAGCCCCAAGAAGGACAAUCCGGCCGUCACCGAGGCCGAUAUGACCAAGGCUGCUUCUUUUGUCCUUCUCUCGGCUCUCUCCAUUCCCGUGAUCAGCACCUCUCGCUCCCGAGGCGCACUCGUCGACGUUGACGAAGCGAGGAAGAACAAGAACUCUCGCCUUACAAACCUGCUGGGCAUGACUCAGGCUCCCACUCGGGCCAUUCUGUUCAAGGACGCCCUUAGCAAAGGCCUGCUCAAACGUGCUCGUCCCGAGAUCCGCGAUCUCUACAACAUCCUCGAAGUCGACUUCCACCCUCUUUCUAUCUGCAAAAAGAUUUCUCCCAUCCUCUCUCAAAUCGGCGCUGAUGAGGAGCUCAAGAGAUAUGUUGGUCCGCUCCAACAGGUUAUUCUCACCCGCCUUUUCCAGCAGCUGUCUCAGGUUUACGACUCGGUUGAGAUCAAGUUCGUCCUUGAUCUUGCCCAAUUCCCCGAUCCGUUCCAAGUCUCCAGCAGCACGAUUGAAAAGUUCAUCAUGAAUGGGUGCAAGAAGGGCGACCUGGCCAUUAGAAUUGACCAUGCCACUGGUGUUCUUACCUUCGAUUCCGACGUGUUUUCCUCUGCCAAGGCAAUGCAUCCUGGCUCCGGUGCCGGCUCUGCCGAAGUCGAGCUCCGAUCUGUACAACGUCUCCAGAGCACUCCUGCCGAAAUUGUCCGUUCUACACUCACACGCCUGGCCAAGUCAUUGUUCGUUACGUGCCAGUACGUUGAUCCUUCGUUCAAUGAGGAGCGGAACAAGGCCCGGGAGGCCGCCCUCCAUCGCGCUCAAGAAGGCGCCGAGAAGGAGCACCAGGAGGCUUUGGCCCGCCGCGACAUCAUUGCCCAAAGGAAGGAGGCAGCACUCCGAGCGCAGCAGGCGAAGGAGAGCGAGGAGCAUAGCAAGAAGUUGCUUCGCGCUCAGCAACUGCGGGAGGAGGAGGCUAAGCGAUUGGCCGAGGAGCAGCGCAUCCGCACCCAACAGCGCAUCCAGGCCGAACAACAACGAGUACAGCGUGAAGAAAUCGAGAAGCAGCUCAAGGAGCUCAAGCAGGGCACCAAGGUGGAUAUUGAGAUCCCCGAAGACAUCACUGAGCUGGACUCGGCCCGUAUCCGUGCCCUGAAGUUGGCUGCUCUGGAGAAGGAGAAGAACCUGCUCGGCGAGCAGUUGCGCGUCACUGGAAAGAGGAUCGAUCAUCUGGAGCGCGCCUACCGCAAGGAAGAAAUCAAGCAUCUGAAGGAAGACUACGAGCGGCAGAUGAAGGCGGACCUUGAGGCGUAUGAGAAGGCCAAGGCCGAGGAGCUCAAGGAAGCGGAAGAGAAGCACAAGGAAGACGUUGCGCUCAAGCACCGCCUAUCCAGGCUCGUGCCGACAUAUCAGAAGUUCGUGAGUGAAGUCAAGCAGCAGCGUAAGGCCGAGUUUGAGCGGCGCAGCAAGCAGGCUCAGAAGGAGCUCGAGGCCAAGAAGGCUGCACGUAUCCGGGACAUCAAGGCACAACGGGCAAAGGAAAGACGGGAGCGGGAAGAGGCCGAACGGCGACAGAGGGAACAAGAGGAGCGGGAGAGGGCCGAGAGGGAGGCCAGGGAGAAGGCAGAGGAAGAGAAGCGCGCACGUUUCGCUGAGGAGAAGGCGAGGCGCGAAGAAGAGAGAAGGAAGCUCGACGAGAUUGCAGCCCGACAGCGCCAGCGCGAGGAGGAAGCCGAGGCCAGACGUGCGGCCAUGAAGGCAUCUGGCGGUUUUGCUGCGGAGCGAGCUGCACCCGCGCCCGCACUCGCUGCGGAGGGUGAACGGCCCAGACUCAACCUUGCCGGCGCGAAGCCGUCAUGGCGUGAGCGUGAAGCGGCCAAGAAGGCUGCUGAAGCUCAAGGCACCGCAGCACCGGGCCCGGCGGCUGAGGCUCAGCCCGAGCCUCCCAAGAGGACCGGCUAUGUUCCUCCCGCUCUGCGCAAUCGUGGUGCGGAGACCAGCCCGGCUCCCCCAUCAUCGGGAUGGCGUGAACGUGAAGGGAGCGGUCGUGGUCUUGAGCGUCGCGAGUCACCCGCCAACGCUGGAGGCCGCUAUGAGCCUCCUCGUCCGCGAUUCACCGACGACAAGGAACGGAUGUCUCCUGCUUCGACUGGUGCAUUCGUUCCCCCAGCCCGCCGUGGCGGCCGCGAGAACGAGCGGGAAUCCGCACCUCCUCCUCCCGCCCAGCCUUCUACCGACGGAAAGUACAGGCCCGGUGCUUUCGCUUCCAGGAGACGCGAGUAAACAGUAUGUGGUUUUGGAAGGUGGCUUGAUGCAUAGACUGGGAGAAUACCGUAUGGGUCAGGAUGCAUUUCGUAGUAACGAUUCGGCGAUUCGACAUGAAGCUGCACUAACGGUUACGAAUGGGAUCAGGAAAAGUGGCCGGGUGGGAGUUGGCCGGUGUGCUUCUUGCAGGUACGAAAGUGGAUUGGACGCUCCGAAGAGUCCAGUGUGUAUCUAGCGAAUGACAUUUCUGCAAUUACAGCAUGGAAAAGUUAAUUCAGGAUCCAAUGCUGUCUUGAACGACUGAGGAAUUGGACAUACACACACGUGACAU